CUGAGAUGCACCGACAGAAUUUCCGACCCCCGACUCCUCCUUGCCCCGGCCCGGGUGUAGGAGGUUGGGGUAGCGGGAGCAGCUUCCGGGGUACCCCGGGCGGAGGCGGAGCGCGGCCGCCAUCCCCGCGGGACGGGUACGGGAGUCCACACCACACGCCGCCGUACGGGCCCAGGUCUAGGCCCUACGGGAGCAGCCACUCUCCGCGACACGGCGGCAGCUUCCCUGGGGGCCGGUUCGGGUCUCCGUCCCCUGGCGGCUACCCUGGCAACUACUCCAAGUCCCCCGCGGGGUCCCAGCAGCAAUUCGGCUACUCCCCAGGGCAGCAGCAGACCCACCCCCAGGGUUCUCCAAGGACAUCUACACCAUUUGGAUCAGGGCGUGGUAGAGAAAAGAGAAUGUCUAAUGAGUUGGAAAGUUAUUUCAAGCCUUCAAUGCUUGAAGACCCUUGGGCUGGCCUAGAACCAGUAUCUGUAGUGGAUAUAAGCCAACAAUACAGCAAUACUCAAACAUUCACAGGCAAAAAAGGAAGAUACUUUUGUUAACAUUUCUGAAAUUCAACUGGAAGCUUCAUUUGUCAGGCACAUCUUGGACAAAACUUUUGCUUGUAAUUAAGUUGAACCCUGACAUGGUGACUUUGAAUAAUUAGUUGUGUCUUCCUUCAUCAUAUCAAGCAUUUUUGGUGUUAGAGAAGACAUAUGAUAGGAUAAUUUGCAAUAUUUAGCUCUCUGGAAGUGCCUACCAAUUUUAGAAGGUUGACAGUUUCCAAAUAUUUAACAUUCUUGGUUAUAUAAUGGACUUUUGUCUUUUAAUGUUUUUCCAGUGUUUCAAAAUAAAACAUUUUGUCUUUCUAGCUAUAUUGUGCUUUUGUCAUAUGCCAAAGAAUUAUUAAAAUAAUGCUUUGUAAUCACAUAGUUUGAAUUCGUAAGUAUAUAUUUUGCAUACUACUUUUGAAAAUGAAAUAGACUGUCUUUUGUCCUGUAGACAGUUCUAUAUUUGUUCAUAGGGAAAGGGGGUAAAGGAAAAGAAUAAAGGAGAUUUCUAUUCAUAUUAUAA